AGGGAAAAGAGAGUUAAAUAUGAGAAAUAUAAGAUAAGGACUUCAAUACUACAUUUGAAUGAAAUAUUUAUUAACAACCAUGAUUAAAGGGCUAAGUUUAUGGAUAUUAUAAUGUGGCAGGCACAAAGGGAAACUUAACAUUUGGUAUGAGAUUGCGCAUCGCGAUUGAUUCGGCCAAAGGAAUACUAUAUCUGCAUACUGAGGCGAAUCCUCCGAUAUUCCAUCGAGAUAUCAAAGCAUCAAACAUACUCCUAGACUCCAAGAUCAUUGCUAAAGUAGCAGAUUUUGGACUGUCGCGGCUUGCACCACACCUAGAUGAAGGGAAUGAACCUAAAUAUGUGUCAACAGUUGUGAAGGGAACACCAGGUUAUCUAGAUCCAGAGUACUUGUUAACUCAUAAAUUGACAGAUAAGAGCGAUGUCUAUAGUCUUGGAGUUGUGUUUAUGGAGCUUUUGACUGGCAUGCAGCCACUAUCACAUGGAAAAAACAUUGUUUGCGAGAGGGUGCUGUCGCCCCCAGAGGGACAAACUGUGGGUGUCGUCGUUGCUCGUGGAAGGUCUGCUCGCUUCUCCUCACCGUCCCUCUUCGAGCUCACUCUGUCUCUCUCGCUGGGAUGUCUCUCUCUGAUCAGCUGUGGAGUAUUCGCCGCGCCGGCACCUUCCUUCCUCCCUCAAUUCUCGCAACCUUGA